CGAGGGCGGGGCGGGCAGGACGCCAGGCUGCCGGCCGGGUGCCUCAAUCGUCGCGUCUGGCCGCCCGCUAGGCUCGCGCUCCUGUCUGUCGGUCUGUCGGUCUGCAGGGCCUGCGCCGGCCCGGGGCCCAUGGCGGCGUCUGCGGCUCUGUCGGCGGCGGCGGCGGCGGCAGCCCUGUCUGGCCUGGCUGUGCGGCUGUCGCGCUCCGCCGCGACACGCAGCUCGUACAGCGCCUUCUGCAAGGGGCUCACGCGCACGCUGCUCACCUUCUUCGACCUGGCCUGGCGGCUGCGCAUGAACUUCCCCUACUUCUAUAUCGUGGCCUCGGUGAUGCUCAACGUCCGCCUGCAGGUGCGGAUCGAGUGAGCG